GAAGGCCCACCCCAGCCCAAAUAUGCUUCGAAUAGUCUAGCAGGCAGCAGCCUCGACGCGUCCACGACGGCGCCGGAGAGGGAGUCCAACAAACCCCGAAACGCGCCGCCGUUGCCCUCACCGCCUCGGCUGCCCCCUCUUCACUUCUUCAGUUCCCUCCGCAGCCGGCACGCAAGAGCACCCCGCGGCGGUGGGGAGGUAAGUCUCCUCGCGCCAGCGGCGGCGGAUCAGUCGAGGUAAGGCCUGCUCUGAGUUCUAAUCCGCGGAUAAGAUAGACGGCAAGAAACUGAGGAUGCCAUUGAACGCGGUAGUACGAUUUACAUGCGUAGAAGGGUUCUGAGGUUUAGUGCAUGUUCCCAGAUCUUGGCAGAGCAAGCAUCCGGAGGAGAGUACCUCUCGCUGACUCGCUUCCAUACUGCAAUGGCUGACUGAAGAUGUAAUUGGGUCUACUCAUACUCAUAGUCAUAGGGGACGAUCAGUUAUCUUUUCCAACUGUAGUUUAUUCUUACUGUAACUUAAGUGUCACUGUGCAUUCUAGAUUUCUAGUGGCAAUUAUGUUUACCUUAUCACAGAUUCUUUUACAGAAUUUAGUGCGUACUGGAGAAGAAAUGGGAAGCAGAGAAAGGCGAGUGGUGUUUGUCACCAUUGGAACUACAUGUUUCGAUGCUCUUGUCAAGGCAGUAGAUUCCGAGGAAGUGAAAGAAGCCUUACUGCAUAAGGGUUACACUGAUCUCCUGAUUCAAAUGGGCCGAGGUACAUACAUGCCAUCUAAGGACUCAGGAAAUUCAACUCUUCAAGUUGAUUAUUUCACCUUUUCACCAAGCAUUGCUGACUACAUAAGAGAAGCAUCCUUAGUCAUCAGUCAUGCAGCAGGAUCUGGAAGCAUAUUUGAGACCCUACGACUGGGCAAACCUCUAAUUGUUGUUGUGAAUGAAGGUCUUAUGGAUAAUCACCAGAGCGAGUUAGCGGAAGAACUUGCCGACAGGAAGGACCUUUUCUGUGCCCGUCCACAAACACUGCAAGAGACUGUUGAGGCAAUGGACCUGAAUAAUCUCCUGCCUUACAUCCCAGGAGAUGCCAAGCAAGUUGUCACACUGAUCAAUAAAUUUCUUGGUUUUCCAGUCGACUGAUUGUCUCCGUUUACUCAUCAUGAAAAUAGUGGGAUCAUGGGCGCUAGUGAUUUAGUCAGAAAGUGCUGGGAGAAUGUCAGCUCUAAGAGCAUUGGACUGAGCAGUGCUUUCAUUCUAUCAUGACAAGCUGAAAUGAACUGACCAAGCCAUGAUGAUAUGAAAUGGCCAGUAUGGUGGAUGGAUCAACUGGCCAGUACGGUAUGAUCUGUUCUUUUGGUUCUACAAUCCUGGCUCCUGGGAGCAAUUGAUGUACUUGGUGGAAUGAGCAACCUUACCUAUUGUUUCUAUUUUGAUAUCCUUCAUGUAACUACUUACCAUCUCUCAGUACAAGGGAAAUGUUUCCCAAAUUGCAUGAAAUGUGCUUCCCUUUUCCUUUGGUAUUGGAGGGCACAUAGGUAGCUGCUCUCCACAGGAUUGGGAUCUAGUUGAAGGCAUGGUUUCAGUUGAGAGAGAUGAACUCAGUGUUGCAUCGAAGAGUUGCUGAAAGCAAACCCAUACGGGCCCUUUGACUGGUAUUUGCUACAUUCCAGAAUGUAACUGCUGUUAGAUCCUUGUCAUUACACAGAAGCAUUGUGGUUUUGACCUUGAUUAGGGGCAGCCCCGUGUAGCAAUCUUGCUUGGAUAAAUAUGCCAUAUUCUACCAUUAUUUCAAUCCUUUUUGGACUC